CCAAUCAGACGACAGAAAAGAUCCUACCUCCACAGAACCGUUUUUUGUAUAUAAGAGGCUAUGACGCAGGUCACCUUUAACUGUUCUCAAGAAAUUCCACAACAGAGACCAGCUUCCAAGCUGAGAUGGAUCCACGUGUGGUGAAGUGGGGAUUAAUUGCUGUUAGUGUGCUGCUGCUCACACUGCAACAGAGUCAAUCUGCUGCUGGCAGCAUGAGGAAAGCACUGGAAGAGUGUCUGGAGGAUGCAGACUACGAUCUGCUGCUGAAGACUGUGAAGGAUGGUCUCCCAUUCAUUAACACACAAGGUCAUCAUGUUGCCAUCGUUGGAGCUGGCAUGGCUGGACUGACGGCUGCAAAGUUGCUGCGAGAAGCAGGAUACAAGGUAACCAUAUUAGAAGCUAGUGGUCGUGUUGGAGGACGUGUGGAGACCUACAGGAAUGAAGAAGAGGGCUGGUACGCUGAAUUGGGAGCAAUGAGGAUCCCAAGUUCUCACGAAAUCGUCCUCUGGUUUGCUAAAGAAUUCGGACUCGAGCUCAAUGACUUCAUCAUGUCUGACCCCAACACUUUUUACCUGAUCAAUGGGCAACGAGAACGGACAGGAGUGGUGGAUGCAAACCCUGACAUCCUAAAGUAUGACCUGCCUGAAAAUGAGAGGGGGAAGUCAGCCGACGAGCUGCUACAGGAGUCUCUGCAGAAGGUGAGAGAAGAAGUGAUUAAUAAUGGCUGCUGGGCUGCGCUGAAAAAAUAUGACCGUUAUUCUGUGAAGGAAUAUCUGAAAGAAGAAGCAGGUCUGAGUUCCGAAGCAGUGAGAAUGAUUGGAGACCUUCUUAAUGAACAGAGUCUAAUGUACACCGCGCUGAGUGAGAUGAUCUACGACCAGAGUGACAUCAGUGACGACAACAGGUACUAUGAAAUAGCUGGUGGUUCAGAUCUUCUUCCCAAUGCUUUUUUGAAUCUCCUCAAUGAACUCAACGUUGACAUUUACCUCAACUCCACGGUCAAGCAUAUCAGCCAGUCAGAUACAGGAGUUACUGUAUCAUACCAGAAAGAUCCACAGUCCUCUUUGAAGGACCUUGAGGCAGACUAUGUCCUAGUUACAACCACAACCAAAGCAGCCCUUUUCAUGGACUUUGAUCCACCACUCUCCAUUAAAAAGAAGGAGGCCCUGAGGGCAGCCCACUAUGACAGCUCCACUAAAGUCCUCCUCACCUUCAGUGAGAAGUUCUGGGAGGACGACGACAUCCAUGGAGGAAAGAGCAUCACCGACGAGCCCUCUCGUUACAUUUACUACCCCAGCCACAGUUUCUCAAACGAGAAAAUUGGCAUCCUCCUGGCCUCCUACACCUGGUCUGACGACUCCCUUCUCUUCCUUGGAGCAAGUGACGAAGACCUCAAAGAGUUGGUUCUGAGAGAUUUGGCACGGAUCCAUGGCAAGGACGUUAGUUCUCUCUGUACAGGGGUGGUUGUAAAGAAGUGGAGCUUGGAUCCCUACAGCCUGGGCGCCUUCGCCCUCUUCACACCCUACCAACAUUUAGAGUAUUCUAAGGCUCUCUUUAAAAGAGAAGGCAGGGUGCACUUUGCUGGUGAACACACUGGCUUCCCCCAUGCCUGGAUCGAUACGUCGAUGAAAACUGCAAUCAGAGCCGCUACAAACAUCAACAUCGCUGUGAUGCAAUCCGAAGCAACCCAAAACCGAGACGAGCUCUAGGCUUUUAAAUCAAGAUCAAUCGGUAUCGCCACAGUAAUUACAUGUUAGUGUCAAUGUCAAGAGUGAUGCACCCAGUGAUUAUUUUCAUUUUUCAUCCACAGAUAAUUUUCAGUUAGUUUAGAUUAUUUACUCAGUAUUUUACAUUUUAAAAGUAAAACAAAAUGAUCAUCACUACUUUACAGAACACAGUGACAUCUUCAAAUCGUUUGAUUUGUCUGACCAACGGUCUAAAACCAACAAUAUUUUAAUUGGAAGGACAAACUCUGGAGAAUGUCUGGAGCGUACAUUUGCGUUCGCACAUGCAGCCUCUCUGGAGAAGUUCAGGACAAAAUGGACCUUAGGGUCUGUCUCUGUCUCGCAUAUAUAUCACAAGAACCUUUCAUCUUAUUGACUUCACACCUGGCAUGUGUAUUGUUAAUGUUCAUGCACAUUUGACACAACACUAUAAUCUAUACUAUAUUAAUUGCCAUACGCAGCAUUAUGAAUUAUAUAUUCAUUCAACAUUGUAUCCACUGAUGUAUUGAUUCUAUGGCUUCUGUUGAUCAUAAUCUAUUAUAAUCUCCAGUGUAUCCUGUUAGUUGUAGAGAUGUGUGAUUGAUAAACACUUGUCAGUCAUGUGUAGUUGUUUAUCCUGCAGUGAUGACCACACGUCAUUUCUUGAACUUGACCUGUUCACUUGUCUUUCAUCUGAAUCUUAGACGUUAGUUCUGGUUUGAUUGAGACAUGUCUGAUCAUUGGUCUCUAGCUACUGACUUGGCAAGUUGGCAUAUCUGCUGCUGCCAGGCGAUAAGGGGGGGGGGGGGGGCAUCUUCCAGCAUCACUCUUUAGAGUGUCAGAUUUGUCUCCUGUAUUUGAAGACGUCCUCGCUUCUGCUUUUUGCUUCUUGUGUCAAUAAAAGACAAAUGUCAA